UCCGCGAUCCACUCAGAAUGGCGGGGGCAGAACCGUCCUCCUCACAUAGCACCGUGUCGUACUCGGGUAGUUCGCUGUAGACAUGCUCCUCGCACUGGAUGUACACACGUAGUUACCACCACACAAAAUGACGAGCACAGCAGAUCCAGCGUAUAUUCAGGCCGUGUCCGUGGGCUUCCGGCGAAGCCAGUCAAGUCUGUCAACCCGCUCCGACAUCCGGAUUAAAUCAGCUCUCAGCAUUGCUGGGUAUGAGCUGUGCGGAGACAACCUCAAGAAGCGACAGGAAGUGAUGUCACGCGUCUCAAGCGAUGACUGUAUCCAUUCCCGGAGGGAGAAGGCACAGAUGAUGGAAGAGCUGAUAUUUCUUUAUGGCCUGCACGCGUAUGACAACUUUAAUUUUCCGAGUCACUCAUCAAUACAGUUACGUCGCACAAGAUCCAAAAUUGGAAACGCAUGGGCUUGCGAGAACGAGGCUUUCAGACAAAUGUACAAUUCAUCGUCAAGGUUACCCAGACGCCGGGCUCCCCUUCAGCCGGCCAACUUUCCAUCUAUCCAAGUCGGGCGUCACCUGCUGAAGUGAUGUAGCAGAUGGGGCAGUGACGUCAUAUAGAUGUGAUAACAUCUGUAUCACUACGGUAACGGAAGAACAAGUGACACGCGAACUGAUGAGACCUUACAGGCAGUGCACUAGUGUUUGCAGGUGCGUCGUAGACGUGGCUGGUGGAGGGUGCUAUUGCUACGGACAAUAUGCGGUCGAGCCCGUUCGUCGGAAGGGAUGUGUGGCAAGCUGCACGUUUUGAAGUUCGAGAGAUGAAUUAAGGGUACCAGCAUGAGACAAACGUCAGUUCGACACUUCCGAUUCGACUUCGAUUCGAUUCAUUAACUGCGAGAAUAUUGUAAAUUCAAAUCAUCGAUGUGCGACAAUGCGGUGGUUGACAGUAUGUGAGCGUUCCCACCUCGACGCCACAGUAGCACCGGACAGGGAAGAGUGAGUGAGUGAGUGAGUGAUUUGGGUUUUACGUCACUUAGAACAACAUUCCAGUUAUUUCACAUGUCAGCUUAAUGUGGGAGGAAAUCCCGAAGUGAUGCAGGUCUCAGACGUUUACC